AUGAAUGUUCCAGUUUACGUGCGAUUGAUCGAUCUGAAUGAUCAUCCCAGAAGUAGUAGUAGUGGUGGCAAUCUCAGCGGAUCAUCAUUUCAAAACAAUAAUAAUUAUUCAAAAUUGCAAGAGCGAAUGAGAAAGAAGAAGCUUGAUCAAAAAGCCUUUUCUUUGAAUUUUGAACUCACGGGUACUUUGGGAAUGUACAAGAAUCCGAUGCACAAUAAUGAAGGUUUUGACUUUCCAUGGGAUGUUAGAGUCAGCAUUGCUUGUAAUUGUAUCAUCAUUAGUGAUUAUGGUAAUAACCGAUUACAAGUAUUUGAUGCAAAGACAAAAGAAUUCAAAACAACUCUGAAAUUCUCUACCGAGAUUGAUUGCCCUGCCAGUUUGUGCAUAGAACAAGAUUAUGAUGGACGAGAUCGUGAGGCUCUACUUUUUGAAUAUGCUUUAACAGACGGAAAUCGAUACAUUUGUAAAUAUGACUUUGAAAACCUUCUGAAUAAUUCAAUGAAACAAGAGGUCACUCAAGAGUUAUGGAAAUCAAGCAUAUGUCACUGUCCUGCUGGAAUAGCUGUUUGGAAAAAGACCCAACAAUUACAGGAUAGAAUUGUUCUCGUAUGUGAUUAUGACGAUAGUGCUAUCUAUUUAUUCAAAUCUUGUUCUGGAGAAUUUAUUCAAACAGUUGAGUUGGAUUCUCCUCUAUUCAAAGUAGUUCAUCCAUUAGGAAUUGAUAUUAGUGCAGAAGGAUUGGUGUUUAUUAGUCAAGGCUCUCCAAACAGCACAAUUUUGAUAUUAAGGUAUGAUUACAAAACUGAGAAAUGGUUAGUUUCGCAAGAAAUCUCCGAAGCCAAUGAACAUUUUAAAAUUCCAAGAGGCCUCGUUUUUGACAACAUGUCCAAAAAUUUGUUGGUUUGUGCAAGUGAAAGUAAUACCAUUCAUGUGUUAACAGAGGAUGGUAAAUUCUGUAAAAUGUUUGGACAUGACAAGAAAGGUCAAGAUGGCCUAGAGAAUCCUGAUGGAAUAUGGUUGAAUAGCCAGACUGGAGAGCUAUAUGUAUGUGAUUAUUCCAACCACAGAGUCCAAAUUUUCAAAUAA